AGGGCGGGCGGCGAGGGAGCGGACGCGGAGACGCAGGGGCGGCGGCGCCGAGGGGACGAGCUGCGCACCUGGAAAGUUACCCGGCUGGCUGGUCCUUGAGCAAAAUGGGAAAUGGUUCUGUGAAACCCAAACAUUCUAAGAAUCCAGAUGGCCACUCUGGGAACCUCACUACCAGUGCCCUCCGGAGCAAGGUGACAGAGCUGGAGAGAGAGCUGAGGAGGAAGGAUGCCGAGAUCCAGGAACGGGAGUACCAUUUGAAGGAGCUACGGGAGCAGCUGUCCAAGCAGACUGUGGCCAUUGCAGAGCUCACGGAGGAGCUCCAGAACAAGUGCAUCCAGCUGAACAAGCUUCAGGAUGUGGUGCACAUGCAGGGAGGGAGCCCGCCUCAGGCGUCUCCAGAUAAAGUGCCUCUUGAGGUCCACCGCAAGACCUCAGGAUUGGUCUCCCUCCAUAGCAGGAGGGGAGCAAAGGCUGGAGUGUCUGCUGAGCCCACCACCCGAACCUAUGACCUCAACAAACCCCCUGAAUUUUCCUUUGAGAAAGCGAGAGUCAGAAAAGACUCCAGUGAGAAGAAACUCAUUACAGAUGCCCUUAAUAAAAAUCAAUUUCUGAAGAGACUGGAUCCUCAGCAGAUCAAAGACAUGGUGGAAUGCAUGUAUGGGAGAAACUACCAACAAGGGAGUUACAUUAUUAAGCAAGGAGAACCAGGAAACCAUAUCUUUGUACUGGCAGAGGGUCGACUAGAGGUGUUCCAAGGGGAGAAAUUGCUGUCAUCCAUUCCUAUGUGGACCACGUUUGGGGAACUAGCGAUUUUAUACAACUGUACAAGGACUGCCUCUGUGAAAGCUAUUACCAAUGUUAAAACAUGGGCACUAGAUCGGGAGGUAUUCCAGAAUAUAAUGAGAAGGACUGCCCAGGCUAGAGAUGAACAGUACAGAAACUUCCUCAGAAGUGUAUCCUUGCUGAAGAAUUUACCUGAAGAUAAAUUAACCAAGAUCAUUGACUGCUUGGAAGUGGAAUACUAUGACAAAGGAGAUUACAUUAUUAGAGAGGGCGAGGAAGGAAGUACCUUUUUCAUUUUAGCAAAAGGAAAGGUAAAAGUCACCCAGAGUACUGAGGGCCAUGAUGAACCACAACUGAUAAAAACUCUGCAGAAAGGAGAAUAUUUUGGAGAAAAAGCUCUUAUCAGUGAAGAUGUCAGAUCAGCUAACAUUAUUGCCGAAGAAAAUGAUGUCGCAUGCCUGGUUAUAGAUCGAGAAACAUUCAACCAAACAGUCGGGACUUUUGAAGAACUCCAAAAAUACCUGGAAGGGUAUGUGGCAAACCUGAAUCGCGAUGAUGAAAAAAGACAUGCAAAGAGAUCCAUGUCUAGCUGGAAGCUGUCCAAAGCACUCUCUUUGGAGAUGAUUCAGCUGAAGGAGAAAGUGGCCAGAUUUUCUUCAUCCUCCCCAUUCCAGAACCUUGAGAUUAUCGCAACACUGGGCGUUGGUGGGUUCGGAAGAGUUGAGCUUGUUAAGGUGAAAAAUGAGAACGUUGCUUUUGCUAUGAAGUGUAUAAGGAAGAAGCACAUAGUUGACACGAAGCAGCAGGAGCACGUCUACUCAGAAAAGAGGAUCCUGGAAGAGCUGUGCUCCCCCUUCAUCGUGAAAUUAUAUCGCACUUUCAAGGACAAUAAGUAUGUAUACAUGCUUCUGGAGGCCUGCUUAGGUGGGGAGCUGUGGAGCAUAUUGAGAGACAGAGGCAGCUUUGAUGAACCCACCUCCAAGUUCUGCGUUGCUUGUGUGACAGAAGCGUUCGAUUACCUGCAUCGGCUUGGUAUUAUCUACAGAGACCUGAAACCAGAAAACUUAAUUCUAGAUGCUGAAGGCUAUCUUAAAUUGGUUGACUUUGGAUUUGCUAAGAAAAUAGGAUCUGGACAGAAAACGUGGACAUUCUGUGGAACUCCAGAGUACGUAGCUCCUGAAGUCAUUCUCAACAAAGGACAUGACUUCAGUGUGGAUUUUUGGUCCCUGGGAAUUCUAGUGUAUGAGCUCCUAACGGGCAACCCACCCUUUUCUGGGAUUGACCAGAUGAUGACCUACAAUUUGAUUCUCAAAGGAAUUGAAAAAAUGGAUUUUCCCAGGAAGAUAACAAGACGACCUGAGGAUUUGAUUCGGAGGCUUUGCAGGCAGAAUCCAACAGAAAGAUUGGGAAAUCUGAAGAAUGGCAUCAAUGACAUUAAGAAACACAGGUGGUUAAAUGGUUUUAAUUGGGAAGGACUGAAAGCACGGAACCUUCAAUCACCUUUACAAAGAGAGCUCAGUGGACCCACAGAUCACAGCUACUUUGACAAGUAUCCUCCUGAGAAGGGGGUGCCUCCAGAUGAGCUGUCAGGCUGGGAUAAAGACUUCUGACAGCAGAAAAGAGAUGAUUGCUGCCUACAUACACAAGAGGACUAUGAGGACCAACAAUCCAACACUGAUUAUUUCUCUCUGGAGUAGUAUACUAUCUUUCAGAAGACCAUUAGCGAA